AUGACAGAGCAAAUAUUGAAAGAGGAGACAAUAGCUUCAAAUUUUUUUAUGAAUAAUAUGGAUAAAUUUCUGUCAAAGUCAGGUGUUUCUGCAGUACUGAGAAAGAAGUUAGAAGAAACUCAUAUAGAUAAUGAUAAAUAUUAUAAAUUAUUGAAAGAAGCUGAACAACGUGUUAAAUUGAAACGAAUCGAAGCGGAACAAAAACAACAAACAAAAAGUACAUUAAUAUCUACUGAACAACUGUCGAAAAAGCUUGAUAUGCGAUCAGCUUCCCCAAAAACUAAAGCAUUACUUUAUGAAGGGACUUCAUAUGAAGGAAAAGGAAGGAAACAGUAUUUGGAUAAACGCUAUCACAAAGCACCAGAAGAUAAAUUCCCUUAUCCAUUGCCAAUAUCAUGGGAUUAUGGAUGGCGUUUAUCUGAUUGGAUUGGAAAAGAUUCAUUUAAAAAAUCACCACAUGGUCGAGUUUGUAUUGUAAACAACACAUUUUACAAUCGAACCGGUAUUCAGUUUGGUAGUAAGACUGAACCAAAGCCUUGGUAUGCUUGAAGAAAUAAUUUUAACUUUUCAAGGUUAAAUAAACUCCUGACAAUAAAUAUCUCAUUUAUA